GGCCCCGUAGAGGGCGGCGGGGCGGUGGGGCCGCGUCAUGGCGGAGGGCGGUGAGCCCGUGAUCCUUGAGGACUACCUGCUGGUGGAGGAUGCUCCUCUGCUGGAGGAGAUGGCCGAGGAAGAUGAGGAGCUCGACCUGUACAACGAGAUGACGUUUGGGCUGGACCGUGACUCUACUGAGGAGGACGCCGCCAAAACCCCGGUGCCUCCAGAGAGGAGCCCUGAGCUGUUGGAGCCCAAGGAACAGCCCCAAGUGGUGGAGGGGCAGCCACCAACAGAGGAGCAGGGAGAGCCCCAGGGUGAAGGUGGGACGGAGCCAGAGGCUGAGCAGGUGGGCUCUGAGGAGGAGGAAGAAGAUGAAGAGCAGGGAGUUGAGGAACAGGAGGAUGAGGAGGAACCCAACGACCUAGGAGACCCAGCAGUGAUGAGAGCUGUACAGAGCAAGCCCACGCUGGAGAGCCAGGACUCAGCAGUGUUGGACAGCAGAAUUGGCUCUGACUGGGCAGAUUUUGUCCAAGAGGACAUGCUGGCUAUGGACCCUAUGGCCUGGGGCUCCUGCCCCAGCAGCAUCCCACCCCACCACAUGCUAGAGGACAAAGCCAUCCUGCAGGUCCUGGAGAGGCCGCCUACUGCCACCAACAUGGCCCUCGACUUUCUUGGCUCCCCUGUGCAGAGAGGGUAUGUGGGUUCCCCACGGCAGAAGCGCCCUGACUUCAGAGGGAUGUCCCCCAAGUCUUUCCCCCAGCGCUUCCUCCAGCAGGUACAGGUUUUCAGAGACUCUUGUUUUGCCCUUCCUCUACCUUCCCUGCUCCAGAAGCUGUCCCCAGCUCUGAGAUGCUUCUACAUUCUAUGGGACCUACUACCAGGCUGGGAUUUGUGGCUAUGGCCACAUCACCGGUGCCUGGCUGGUCCCAGUAACAUCUUCUUCCUGCAGCAACCUCUGAUACCACGCUCCACAUCCUCCCCUCGGCCUUUCCCACCACCCCGCAGAGCCUCUCCUUUCUUUACUUCCAACCAGUCCGCAGGGUAUGUGUCUCCAGGCCCUUUCAGUCCCCUGUCGCCCAACAUUGGCACCCCGCCACGGCCUCUCACCAUGCACUUUGGCCCAAUGUCUCAUUCUCUGGAUCCCUCUGUUUUCUUCAGCCCCUCCACCAGCGGCCAUCUCAACCUCAGUGUGCCCAGCCACCUCACCCAGCUGCACCCACAGCACCAGCGCAUCCUGACCCAGCGGCAGCAGCAGGGUGGGACAUUGCAGAGUGUCUCCCCCAAGAAGCUGUGGUCCCCUAAAGCUGACCCUUGUGCUGGGCUGAUGACCUGCAAGGAGAAGGACUGGGUUGUCAAGGUGGAGAUGAUCCAGCUGCAGAGUGAGAACUUGGAUGAUGAUUAUUACUACCAGACCUACUACCACCGGCUGGAGCGCAAGCAGGCAGAGGAAGAGCUGCUGGGUGGGCGCAACAAGCAGGAGCCCCCCAAGCUGGUGACACCAUUCAUCCAGAAAGUGGAGACCUACAAUUCUGUGGUGCGCAUCGCUGGCUCACUGGGCCAGGUCGCUGUAUCCACCUGCUACAGCCCCCGGCGGGCCAUUGAUGCUGUACACCAUGCCCUGGUGGAGGAGGCUGCGGGGAGCCACCGGCUUCGAGCGCUGCACAGGAUUGAGAGGCUGUUCCUGCAACUGCUGGAGGUGGAGGAGAUGCAGCGGAAGAUGUCCUUAGCCACAGAAGAACAGGAGCACAAGACCCAGGAAGUGGGACGGAUCUAUCAGGCCCUGAAUAUCAGAGCCUGCAGCAGUGAGGAGGAGGCAGAGGAUGAGUUCCUGCAGGUUCUGUGCGUGCGGAAAGGCAAGAAGCUCACAGCACGACUGCUGCCCCACCUGGCCCCAGAGCAAGCAGAGAAGAUCCUGCUGACCAUCACCCACCACCUGCCCUUCCUCAUGAAGAAGGAUGCACCAGAUGAGUCUCUCCCCCUGCUCUACAGCCCUUUGAAUGAGGUGGUGGGCAGGAUGACCUUCAGCAGGCUCAUUGAGGUCCUGCAGGAGAUGACCAGGACCCUGCCUGAGUCUGCUGAGCUCCCACUCACUAUGGCCUUGAAGAACCAGUUUGGCAUCUCCUUGCUCUACUCCCUGCUGAGCCGUGGCGAAGGACUGUUGUCCUCUGAGAUACCACUGGAGCCACACAUUGGGGACUUCGAGACGUGGACAGACACAGUAUUCCUGGUUGCUCGGGAGCUGUCACAAGUGCCCAAGGCUUUGCUGGUGGAACCACUCUUUUUGCCCAGCAAUCUCCUCUCACUCUUCUGCCGCUACCUGGACAAGCAGACUGUCCACCACCUGGAGGCCAAGAUGGAGUGCUCCCCACUGCCGUCGGAGGCUCCCAUGCCAUGCUAGGCCCUGAGAGCAGGGCAGGGCCUGAUGGAAGGACUUUGAGUUUUGAAGCAACCACAACCCGGGUGCUGGGCACUUUGGGUGAGCCGUGUGCUGGCUGGGGAUGUGGGUAACUUAUUUUGGCCUCACACCCUGCAGCAGCGCUUGGCAGGUGCUGAGGUCACUCUGCACUGGGGCGCUGGGAGCACCUGCAGGGGGUGAGUUUAUGUAUAGCACUUGAAAUAAAAAAGGUGAUUAACAAGC